UUUAUUGUGCUGCAGUAGGAACCUUUAGAAUGGUAAAUGUUUUGCCGGCGGAGCUCCUUGUUUGGUGCACACAUAUGGGAUUUUCACACAUGCGUAGCUAAAUUCUGUAAACAUAUUUGAAAAUCCAACGCCACUGUUAAGUGCGGUUGCCCGAUAUGCGCAAAGAUUGCAAGUCGCCAUAAAACUAAGAAGAAGAAGAAGAAGUGCGGUUGCCAGUAAAAGAAAGAAGAAGAAGAAAAUCCAACGCUUCGAGCAGAAGAAAGAACAGACAGCUAGUUUAUUUGUGUUAUCAGAAGAUUCAAACCUCAGCUAUGGCAGAGGAAUCAGCUGGAACAGAAACAACCAGAAUACUGGAAAACGAGAAAAUCAUGGAUGGCCAGAGUGGCGAGGACCCCAAAACAACAGCCCAAAAUGCUGACACUCCUACCAAUGCUAAAAAACACAAGAAGAAGAAAAAGAAAACAGGUGACGGGAAAGAUAAUCAACAGAAAGGGGUAAAAAGCAACGAGGAAACACCCAAACAAGAGACCACAGAACUGACUCCUGAUGAGCAGCUGAGUCGAGAGUUGGAUUGGUGCAUCGAACAGCUCGAGCUCGGCCUGAGAACUCAAAAAACCUCCAGCAAACAACGUGAGUGA